CAGAGGAAGGUGAGGAUUAAAAUACUUCUGGCUGUUAAUCCAUUAUAGAAAAAGUACUUUGGGAUAAAGAAUUAUUCAUCUACUGUAGCAGUGAAUGGAUCACACAUCCUGACCAAGAUGCAACGCCAACGAAAGAACAUGAGCUGGAUGACUUGGGUUUUGUUUGUGUGCCUUCUGUGGAUUUAUCUUGUUUCCAGUGGAAAAAACGAGGGAAGUAAGUCGGGAAAAUGUUGGAAAAACAUUUUUCAGAAAUUAAGACAGUGUUUGCGCAAGAGUGAGAAAAAACAUGUUGUUGUUGCUGAUAACUUCAGAGGCUUCAUCAAUGCAGAAAAACACUGGACUCGGAGUGAAGGUUGCAUAGUAUUUCUGCCGAAAAACACAACCAAAACAGGGUUGUGUAAGAGGUGGCCUCAAAUGGUAAAUCGUAAUGGUUCUUCUCUACUGCUCAUCUCAAAAUGGCAUAUCAACAAGAAAUUUCAUCUGUGUGUCCUGAAUGGGAACGAAUCAUCUGCCCUCGCAGAUUCAGAGUGCGUUUUCAAACACACUACCACAGAACCUUGCCAGACUCGAUGUUUGGAUACAGAGACCAUAUGUGACCGAGAACGUCGUUACAAUGAAAACAAGUGCAGCAAACUGAGUCUUGGGGUUGGAGGUGUGUACGUCAUCAACACAUCGACAACAGAGAGCAACUGUUUAAACUGCAAAAAUCGAGUGGAAAAGCCUGAGGAAAAGGUUAAGAUCAAUGCAACGUUAAAGACUGAAGAAGGAGAAAAACUUGACGCUACCCAAGCUGUCGACAUCAUGAAAAAAAUGGCAGACCUCGUCUAUUCCAUCAGCGGGUCUUCAGCUGAACUGACUGUGGGAGAAGAAGUUACGGGUAUCUUAGUGAGAGAAACAGUGCCGGAGGAUGUGGACGAAGUCUCCUUUGCUUAUGCGUCCCCAAAUGACAGCAUGAGUAUUGUAGAUGGCGCAGAUGAGCUGGCUCAGUAUUCAAGAUCUAUCACAGUGUCAAAAGAAGCGUUUGAAAAAGCUGUGAGUUUGAACGUUAGCAUGCCAUUUGCAGCCAUUUUACGAUUCAACAAUCUGGCCUUGGAUGAGAAGAACAGCACUGUUUUAGGUGAUGAGGUUUUAGCAAUUGAAAUGGGAACAGUUAUCACCAAUCUCACAGACAAACUAAACAUCAAUUUUCGGAAUAUGGAAUACGAAGGAAUUCCAUCUUGUCACUCAUGGAAUGGUGAUGGAAGCCGACCAAACUGGACUGAAGACGGAUGUCUGACAAUAAAAAAUGGGAGCAACAUUACAUGCGAGUGUUCGCAUUUGACAUUUUUUGCUAUCUUAUUGACUCCUCUUAAUGAAACCAUAUCCAGUUCUGACCUGAAGAACCUCACCAUCAUCACCCAAGUUGGCUGUGGCUUGUCCAUGUUCUUCCUCAGCAUUGCCCUCUUCAUGCACUUCCUUCUGAGGAGGAAAAAGGCCAGUAUAGCCACCUUGAUCCUCAUCAACCUGGUGUCAGCCAUGUUCCUGCUCAACCUCACUUUCCUGAUCAACAACUUUGUGGCAGAAAUGACGAGCUCUGUGGGUUGUAAGAUCAUGGCGGCUCUCAUGCACUACUUCAUGUUGGCCACUUUCACUUGGUUCGCUGUGCAGGCCUUCCACCUCUGCCUGCAGCUGUAUGUUGGGGGCAAAAUUGUAAUCCGUCACUACAUACUCAAAGUCUCCAUCACCAGUUGGGGACUUCCGAGCGUAGUUGUGAUUGUCCUGCUCAUCAUCGGAAAAUAUGGUGAACAAGUCAUCUCUACUAGUGACGCUGAAGAAGACGUGAAAAUGUGCUGGAUAACAGACAACGACGUGCACUUCAUCGUCAACAUAGGUUACUAUGCGUUGGUCUUCCUCUUCACCUUCUCCACCUUCAUCGUCAUACUGUCCUGGCUCUUUUGUCUCAAGAGAACGAGCACCGCAGUGCAGGUGGGCUCAAACGGCAGAAGUAUCGUGGUCCUCCUGGGACUGUGUUGCCUGCUGGGGAUCACUUGGGGUUUUGCCUUCUUCGCCUACGGCGCCCUCCGGAUCCCCUCCUACUACAUUUUCACUGCCCUCAAUUCUUUCCAAGGUUUCUUCCUGUUCAUCUACUACUACAACACCAGCCACUCAGCAGAGGUAAGCCGUGAUGUGGGUGUUAAUAACAGCUCAGCCAGCACCACCAGCACACUUAAAACCGUCCUGGACAGCGUCAAGAACCCCUACAGCAACCAGCCAGACAAAGAAAUAAAGGAGGACUGAAGAGCCAAGAUGGUCAGCUUGAAGUAUGAGACUUCAAGCAAGUAGAGUUAACUAGAAAGUGUGCUGAUGUAUAACACUGUAAUAGACAUCUUUCCUGACGUAGUUAUUGCUAGUCCUUAUAAAUGUACAGUAUAGGAAAAUGACUUUAAUUCUUCAUUGUUUAGUUUCUUAGGACUAGAAUUUGUUUUGCACAAUUUUAGGGCUGCAAAUAGAUUAUUUUUAUUGUUGAUUUUUUUCUUGAUUAAUCGAUUAGUUGUGUGGUUUAUAAAAUGUCAGAAAAUGGUGAAAAUUGUUGAUCAGUUUUUCCCAAAAGCUUAAAAUGAUGUCCUCAAAUGUCUUGUUUUGCCCACAACUCAAAGAUAUUCAGUUUACUGUCAUGGAGGAGUAAAGAAACCAGAAUAUAUUCACAUUUAAGAAACUGGAAUCAAAGAAAUUUGACUUUUUUUACUUUAAAAAUGAUUCAAACCGAUUAUCAAAAUAGUUGGCGAUUAAUUAAAUAAUUAAUGACAUCAAUUAAUCGUUGCAAUUCUUCAUAAUUUCAGAGUUAAUUAUGAAAUGUAAUCAUUUUUGACAAUUUCUUAAUGGAAAAACUGGAAAAUAUAAAAACAAAAACGCUAAUUUGAAGCUUUUGAAUGCUUAAUGAUUUAAUUAAAAUUACAUUUUCAGGCCCCUCUUAUCUUCCAAUAUCUUCAGUUGUGGGUAUACAGGUAAAAAUAAAGUUUCCUAAAGUAUGUUUUCACUGUUUGAAAUAUGAAAAUGAGAUGAGGAGAAUGAGGAAAUAAGAAUCCUUUAUUCAGUUACAGUCACAAUAACAUUAAAACAUACAUUAAGCAUCAAUAUACACUAUUUUUAACACUCAUUUUAAGUUGGGAAAUUGUUACUUUUUACAACAAGAGAGCUUCAGCUUCCUGGAGAGCUUCUACCAUUUCAGCAGCCUCCACGGAAAAGUUCUCCCUUUCCUGCAUCAUAUGUUCCCGUGCUUUAGUCAGUUCUGUCAUCGUUGUUUGGAUAUCCUGUAAGUGUGUAAAAGGAGGAACAUUUAAGAGACACUCCAACCAUCCCUUACAUCAACUACAACAAAGUUUCUUGGAGUUUAACUCACCUCUAGCUGAGCACGUUGCUGUGAUGCAGUGUCUCCAAACGCUUUUAAUUCCGUCAGCAGAUCUGUGGAGACACUCUGAAAUGGAGAAGAUGAAAGUUGUGUUUAAUAGAUAGCACUGCUUAUGAUAGCCAAAAGGCUGCAACUACGUUUGGAGCGUUAUUUAGCCUCCUUCUCAACAAGCUAGUAUGACAUGUUUGGUACCAACCAUCACUUCACUCUAGCUUUAAAACUGAGACUGCAACAACCUAAAAAUUGCAAGUUGCAUUAACGUGUUAAAUAAAAAAGUGGCAUUAAAAUGAAUUUGCGUUAACGCGUUAUUAUCGCAACUUUGACAGCCCUAGCUGUAACCUUUUAUGUGUAGGAUACAAGUAUAGUGUAGUAGUGUUCAUAUAUAUUAUCUAAAUAGUGUUUAGUUAUUUUAAAACCAGUUUUUUUCUUAAUUGUGUGGUUAAGUGAAAUAUAACAAGUGCAUGUUUAUAGUUAGUUGUGUGAGUUUGAUUGAAAGUUUGAUAGAGCAUAUGACAAAAAAUACAUGUACAUAUAACAUCAGGUAAACUGAAAUAAAAUAUACGUACCAUAA